UGUCGGCAACUGUCCAACUCUUCAAAGGACAUGCUGUACGGACCGUUUGCAAUAUGCAAGGAGACAUGACUGAAGCACAAACUUCUCUUGCAGCGCACAUAUUGCUGCACAUGUUGUCCGAAGCCACACGGGGCUUCAUUGAGGUGUCACGAAGUAAUGUUUUGACCAUGUCGGUGGUGGAGGAGUUCUAUAAGGUUGUCCGCAGAUCGCUCGAUUCGGCUAGUCAGGAAACCGCCGGAGAAUCGUAGGGCGACAACUCCGAUGCUUCUCAUACAGCGACGAGUCUGAGAUCUCCGUCCAUCCAACAAGGCAUCCACAUAAUUAUGGAUCGAGCUGCGAGCCUGCUGUCUCGGAGCUUCUUCUCGGCCAAGUCUCCAGUAUGCACAUCAUGUCGACUUGCUAAGGGAAGCUUUCUUUCGCAAUCUUUCCGCCCUGCUUUUCGCCGUAACAUUGCGAAUUCGUCCAAACCACGACAAAAUGUCGCUCCCACGAUGGAGCAUUCGAGAGCUGUUUACGCAAAGAGAAAUGCUACUAUCAUGUAUUAUACGCUGAGUGUCAUCCUCGGAACCGUCGCCCUUUCUUAUGGUUCCGUUCCUCUAUACAAAACGAUCUGUCAACAAACAGGCUGGGGUGGUCAACCCAUUAAGUCCACUACACACUCGACGGAAGAUGCUGCCGAGCGACUCACACCUGUUACCUCUUCUCGUCGCCUAAGAAUUACUUUCAACGGUUCAGUGUCAGAUGUUCUUCCAUGGAAAUUCACGCCACAACAGCGUGAAGUGCGAGUGUUGCCUGGAGAGACCGCGCUGGCAUUCUAUACGGCCACCAACAAAAGCGAAGAUGAUAUUAUUGGUGUGGCUACUUACAGCGUCACCCCGGGACAAGUGGCACCGUAUUUCAGCAAGAUUCAAUGUUUCUGCUUCGAGGAGCAACGACUAAAUGCGGGCGAAACGGUGGAUAUGCCUGUCUUUUUCUUCAUCGACCCCGAAUUUGUCAAAGACCCCAACAUGAAGGGCAUUGAUACUAUUACCCUCUCAUACACAUUCUUUAACCCAACCCAUGGGGGAGUGACAUUUUUGGAACUGCAAUUGCGCCAACAUACAUACACAAUGGCUCUAUUGGUGGAUAAACAUCGCCCUCGAUCCUUGGAAGCUCUGAGCUAUCAUACAGAGCUCUCAGCUCGUCUCAAGUCUCUUGCGCAAAGCGGAGACUUUCCUCACCUCCUGGUCUAUGGGCCAUCUGGCGCCGGCAAAAAGACACGAAUUGUUGCAACUCUCAAAGAACUCUACGGUCCCGGUGUGGAGAAGAUCAAAAUCGACGCACGCGUCUUUCAAACAACAAGUAAUCGUAAACUAGAAUUCAACAUUGUCUCCUCCAACUAUCACUUGGAAAUCACGCCAUCCGACGUUGGCAAUUACGAUCGAGUGGUCGUACAAGACUUGCUCAAGGAAGUUGCGCAGACACAGCAAGUUGACCUUUCCGCACGCCAAAGAUUCAAGGUCGUGGUCAUCAAUGAAGCGGACCAUUUAACGCGCGAUGCGCAAGCGGCGCUGCGAAGAACGAUGGAAAAGUACAGCCCGAAUCUUCGGUUGAUAUUGCUCGCCAAUUCGACCGCGAAUAUUAUCGCGCCUAUUCGAUCCAGAACAUUGCUCGUCCGGGUCGCGGCUCCUAGUCACGAUGAUAUCUGUCAAGUCCUGAAAAGGGUUGGCACUAAGGAGAACUGGGAGGAGGUAGAAGGCCUUAAUAGGCGGAUAGCUAUCGAGAGUGGUAGGAACCUUCGAAAAGCACUAUUGAUGUUCGAGGCGAUCCAUGCGCAAAAUGAGAAAGUAACGGACAAGACGCCCAUCCCACCGCCAGACUGGGAGGCAUUGAUUGAACAAGUAGCGGACGAGAUCAUGGCUGAGCACACGCCUGCGAGGAUAUUACAGGUCCGGGCUAAGCUCUACGAUUUGCUAACACAUUGUAUUCCUGCAACAACAAUAUUGAAGACUUUGACCUUCAAACUGAUACCAAAGAUUGACGACGCCCUCAAAGCAGAAGUGAUACGGUGGUCAGCAUUUUACGAGCACCGUCUUCGCAUCGGAAGCAAAGCAAUCUUCCACCUCGAAGCAUUCGUUGCAAAGUUUAUGCGCAUCCUUGAAAGUUUCAUCAUGGGCAUGGACUUUUAAAUCGCCUUUCACUUUCAAAUUCUUAAUCCGAUAUGUCAUCCAUUUUUCCAAUGAGAUGAUUGUAUACAUUACUUCUUCGAGUUUCAAUGAGCAUUUCAAGGCGUCAUACCUGUCCCAUCUGUCUUGCGUUCUAUUACCACGGCACGAAUGUUGGAAUUUUUUAAAUUCUUUAUUUUCUUUACCUUGUCC